AUGUCGACCACACUUCUGUCCGCCUUCUACGAUAUCGACUUCUUGUGCAAGACGGAGAAAUCCCUGGCCAACCUCAAUCUGAACAACAUGCUGGACAAGAAGGCGGUGGGGACACCCGUGGCCACCGCCCCCAGCUCGGGCUUCACGCCGGGCUUCCUCCGACGGCACUCGGCCAGCAACCUGCACGCACUCGCCCACCCCGCGCCUAGCCCCGGCAGCUGCUCGCCCAAGUUCCCGGGCGCGGCUAACGGUAGCGCGGCGGCCGGCGGCUCGGCCUCCUACGGCACCCUCAAGGAGCCGUCGGGGGGCGGCGGCACCGCCCUGCUGAACAAGGAGAACAAAUUCCGGGACCGCUCGUUCAGCGAGAAUGGGGAGCGCAGCCAGCACCUCCUGCACCUGCAGCAACAGCAGAAGGGGGGCGGCGGCUCCCAGAUCAAUUCGACGCGCUACAAAACUGAGCUGUGCCGACCCUUCGAGGAGAGUGGCACCUGCAAGUACGGUGAGAAGUGCCAGUUCGCGCACGGCUUCCACGAGCUGCGCAGCCUGACGCGACACCCCAAGUACAAGACCGAGCUGUGCCGCACCUUCCACACCAUCGGCUUCUGCCCCUACGGGCCGCGCUGCCACUUCAUCCACAACGCUGAUGAGCGGCGACCCGCGCCGUCCGGGGGUGCCUCCGGGGACUUGCGCACCUUCAGCGCCCGCGACGCGCUGCACCUAGGCUUCCCGCGGGAACCGCGGCCCAAGUUGCACCAUAGCCUCAGCUUCUCGGGCUUCCCGUCGGGCCACCACCAGCCCCCUGGGGGCCUAGAGUCGCCCCUGCUCCUAGACAGCCCCACGUCGCGCACGCCGCCGCCGCCCUCCUGCUCCUCGGCCUCGUCUUGCUCGUCGUCCGCUUCGUCCUGCUCCUCGGCCUCGGCAGCCUCCACGCCCUCCGGCGCCCCGACGUGCUGCGCCUCUGCUGCGGCGGCGGCCGCAGCCGCGCUGCUGUACGGCACCGGGGGCGCCGAGGACCUGCUCGCCCCCGGCGCGCCCUGUGCCACCUGCUCGUCGGCCUCGUGCGCCAACAACGCCUUCGCCUUCGGCCCGGAGCUGAGCAGCCUCAUCACACCGCUCGCCAUCCAGACCCACAACUUCGCCGCCGUGGCUGCCGCCGCCUACUAUCGCAGCCAGCAGCAGCAGCAGCAGGGCCUGGUGCCCCCCGCGCAGCCCCCGGCGCCGCCCAGCGCGCCCCUCCCUGCCAGCGCCGCCGCGCCGCCCUCGCCGCCCUUCAGCUUCCAGCUGCCACGCCGCCUGUCCGAGUCGCCGGUGUUCGACGCGCCCCCCAGCCCCCCAGACUCGCUGUCGGACCGCGACAGCUACUUGAGCGGCUCCCUGAGCUCGGGCAGCCUCAGUGGUUCUGAGUCCCCCGGCCUUGACCCGGGUCGCCGCCUGCCCAUCUUCAGCCGCCUCUCCAUCUCCGACGACUGA